ACUAGAAAUCAGGAGGACGUUUCUGAAAGUACAGACACAGACGACCUUCUCGUCAAACCUGAUUGUGAUUAGUUAUUAUCUGUGUUGGUUGACGUCGUGACAGUAUUAUGCGAUUUGUAUUCCUCACGAGAAUUUGCAGUAUUUGACGUCCCACUCAUCCAACACUCUAAACAGUGACUGUUUCUCCGUGGGUCUUACCUAGGCAGCGUAAUAAAGGUCCAUAAACAGCAGCAGAAUAGGCCUACCGUCCUGAAUCUGUUAUCGUUUCAAGAUCAGAGCAGAGGACAUCAAAUCCUGUUUCCCUACAGCAGCAUCAGUGUGACAAUACAAGUAUGAGUCAGGUGCAGGAUGAUGAGGUCUGGGAACUAAUCAGACCAGAAGAAGCCAGUGAUGCCCCUGAGCUGGAAAACCUGGAGCCAAGGAUAAGUUUGGAAAAGCAAAUCAGGAGCUUCUCACCAGAUGCAGCAUCUGCCCUUGCAAGAGCUGGAAUUAAAGAGGACAUUGAUAUUCAAGAGUUAACAAGAGAUGAUCUGAACGAACUUCUGCCAGGCCUUGAGCAUUUCAAACUUAGAAAGAGGAUCAGUGAACUUCUAACCAAAUCUAAACAGGACACAGCUAAACCUAUCGAUUUAAUUCUUAACGAGUUUAGGGACUUCAUUUCAGCUGUUGUCAUGAAGAAUGCACUUGUUCCUGGGGGAGUGUUACAUGGCUACGUCCCUAUUCUUAGAGAUUUGGAGAAGCAGCUUGCCAAAGCCCUGCACUUCAUUCAGGCACAUGUUGAACUACUUGAGAGCUACAAUAAAGAAGAGCCCAUGGAGGCUGAGGGCAAUGCUGUGUCCCCAUCAGUUGACUCUGCUACAGCAGGAAACCAGCUCAUCCUUCAUGAAUUACAAGACAUAGAUAAUGUACAUAAAAAAUCUGUUAAAGGCGCUUCAGAACGACCAGCCUUAGGUGCUGUAGAGACCCACCCCAAACGACCAAGAACAGAUGUGCCACUUACCACUGGUGGGCAGAACAGGCAAAACCUCAAGGAAACCCCAGAUGAGACCUCAAAAUCAUACUCUUACACUUCAGGAUCACCAUACACUUCAGGAGCAGCUGGUAUUGAGCCAUCUGCAACAUCCUACAAAGAUAGUUCCUCAUCCGUAGAUGGUAGCAUCCAGGCCCAAAAAGAAAAGGAAGGAAAAGAACCUGGAAGUUGGUGGACGUUCUCCAAUCCUUUCAUUGGAUCUGGGUUAGGAGGAAAUGAAACAAAACAUUUGCCGGUAGUUAAAGUCCAUUCACAAGUAUGUGGAAAAACCCUGAACACUCACCUUGCACUCAUGAAACAAGUGGAUAAUCUGGGACUUAAGCGAGAGGAGACCAGUGCAGAGGACUGCCAAGUCAUGAUGGUCUUCUGUCCUGUUACAUCUCGUGUGGGAACUGACAUUGAGGCUGCCAUGAGCCAAGUUCCAGGUAACAGAGAUGCCAUUCUAGUGGUGAUGCACCAUACUUAUGAUCAAAACUUUGUCACAAGCCGGAGAUCUGUAUCUUACCCCGAAAACAUAGUGGAGGAAGUGAAUGUUCUCUUCCUUGACUCUGUGGGACUUCUGCAUUGUAAAACAAAUGAUGAAGCAGUGACUCUCAUACAUAAGGCCUUACAGAAAUACAACAGCAGUACUUAGACAUUAAGUGCCACAUUGUGGCAACACAAGGAAAGAGUCUGAAGUCUGUAACAAGAUUACAACGCCGCCAACAUUAUUUAAAAACCUACAAUUCUACAACUUCCACCCAGGGCGUUGGUGACUCAUUCUAGUUUAGAAUAAAGCAUAUCACAAUCUAUGUAGUGAACCAAAUGAAAGAUUAUCUUGCUACUCAAUAAGGACAAAAUUAGACUUCUCCCUGUAGAACCUCUGGUGUGAGUGAAUCAUUGAAGAUGGGAUGCCUCAUAUGUAUUUGUGAAUUUCAGCUUGUUCUACUUUUAGUAUUAGAAGCACUUAUUGUUUAAGGUGUUACCUACUUUGUGACAUUAUGCCUCAAUCAUCAGAGAUUGAAAAGUUGUACCUACAGUAUAGUUGGACCUACAGUAUAGUUGGACCUACAGUAUAGUUGGACCUACAGUAUAGUUGGACCUACAGUAUAUAGCCUCGUUAUUGGUAUUUUCUUUUUUCUUUUUAUUUAACUUUAUUUAGUAAAUAUUUUCUUAACUAUUUUUC